AUGGAGAAAAUAAUCAAGCCCAAAUUCGCUAGUAGGAACAUCCUAUCUGGCAGGCAGGCGGCAUGUGACUGCCCCACUCCACCUCUCCAAGAAGCAGGCUCAGAUGAAAGAUGUCUUGUGGAGGGAGAUACCCCUCUGCGAUCUAGCCCAGGAGCCACAUCCCCGGGACCGCCUGCCCGGGGAAAGCCUUACGGAGAACCCAGGGCGCCUUUAAAUGCUAAUGAGCAGCCGCGCCGGCUUUCCCCACCCUCUCCCCCGGGGAGCCCCAGCGGAGACGCAGCCCCCGGGCCCGCCCCGGCCUCGUCAGCCCCCGCGGGCAGCGAGGACGCGGAGAAGAAAGUUCUCGCCACCAAAGUCCUUGGCACUGUCAAAUGGUUCAACGUCAGAAAUGGAUAUGGAUUUAUAAAUCGAAAUGACACCAAAGAAGACGUGUUUGUACACCAGACCGCCAUCAAGAAGAAUAAUCCACGCAAGUAUCUGCGCAGUGUGGGAGAUGGAGAAACUGUUGAGUUUGAUGUGGUUGAAGGAGAAAAGGGUGCUGAAGCAGCAAAUGUGACUGGUCCAGAUGGAGUUCCUGUAGAAGGGAGUCGUUAUGCUGCUGAUCGGCGCCGCUACAGACGCGGCUACUAUGGCAGACGCCGUGGACCUCCCCGUAAUUACGCUGGGGAGGAGGAGGAGGAAGGGAGCGGCAGCAGUGAAGGAUUUGAACCCCCUGCCACUGAUGGGCAGUUCUCUGGGGCCAGGAAUCAGCUGCGCCGUCCCCAGUAUCGCCCUCCAUACCGGCAGCGGCGUUUUCCGCCUUACCACGUGGGACAGACCUUUGACCGUCGCUCACGGGUCUUUCCCCAUCCCAACAGAAUGCAGGCUGGUGAGAUUGGAGAAAUGAAGGACGGAGUCCCUGAGGGAGCACAGCUCCAGGUUCAUCGGAAUCCAACUUACCGCCCAAGGUUCCGCAGGGGACCUGCUCGCCCACGACCUGCCCCUCCUAUUGGAGAGGCUGAAGAUAAAGAGAACCAGCAAGCUGCCAAUGGCCCUAACCAGCCAUCUGCCCGCCGUGGAUUCCGGCGCCCCUACAACUAUCGGCGCCGCCCCCGUCCCCUGAACACUGUUUCACAAGAUGGCAAAGAGACCAAGGCUGGUGAAGCACCAACUGAGAACCCAGCUCCAGCCACCGAGCAGAGCAGUGCCGAGUGACCCUGGCCCCCAGGCACCUUCACCACCAGCAGGGUGACCUUAAGAAUUAAUGACCAUUCAAAAACAAGGCAAAAAGCACACCCACGACCUUACCAACACCAAAGAAACAUCUAAGCAAUAAAAUGGAAGACUAACCAAGAUUUGGACAUUAGAAUGUUUACUAUUCUCUGUGAAACUAACACCUACAAAGGGAAUGGAGCCAGCAAGUGUCCAUCGAGCUGCAUCCCAGGAACCUGCACAGGUGCAGGAGAGCGGCCUCCCCAGUUUCAGCAACCACUAGCUUUAUAUUUUUUUCCCUGGUUUUUACUGUUUUGGUAAUAUGAAUUAAAAGAAGAAAUAUUAAUAUCACAUGGGGAUUGCCCCAACCAAAGAAAUCUGAAAUAUAUAGUAAAUGCUCUUUUUCCUUUGUUGUUCAUUUUGGAUGCUGGUGCUAAACUUCCAAAUGUCAUGAUUUAAGACGAAAAUUUAUGCCCUUAUUUAUUCCUAGGCUGAGGGGAGAAUUUGCUUUCUUACAUAGCUCUCUCUGAAAUGUGCAGUAACAAGUUCCUCAAAAAUAAAAUUUUUACCUUCAAAGGAAAAA